AUGGGUAGGGAAGCUGGUGGAAGGCAAUGUCUUGGUUUUACGAAAUUAGAUUCUAAAAAUUAUUUGAGAACCAAAAGACAACAAAGUUUAGCAUAUGGGGAAGUAGGCAAUGUGUUGCAAUACUUUAAAGAAAAAUCUUUGCAGAAUCCUUCAUUCUUCUAUGCUGUUCAAUUAGAUAAUGAGGAGCAAAUAACCAAUAUGUUUUGGGCCGAUGCACAAAUGAUCAUGGAUUAUGCCCAAUUUGGUGAUGUUGUCACAUUUGAUACGACUUACAAGUUAAACAAAGAACAUAGACCCUUCGCAUCUUUUGUGGGAUUCAACCAUCACAGGAAAACAGUUAUAUUUGGUGCAGCAUUGUUGUAUGAUGAGACCGCCGAAUCGUUUGUAUGGUUGUUUGAAAACUUUCUAGAGGCUAUGUCAAGGAAGGCACCGAAAACUUUGUUCACCGAUCAAGAUGCUGCAAUGGCUAAAGCCAUACCCAUCGUUAUGCCUGACACAAGUCACCGAUUGUGUACUUGGCAUUUGAUGCAAAAUGCAUUAAAACAUGUUAACUGUUUGUUCCAAGAUAAGGGGGUGAAGGGUGUACUAAAUAAAUUUUUCUUUCACAUUGAAGAUACAAAUCAAUGGAAAUUAGAGUGGGCGGAAAUGCUUGAUAAAUAUGAUGCGCAUGAAAACCAUUGGUUGAAAUUGACUUUUGCGGUGAAAGAAAAAUGGGAAUGGCCUUAUGCUAGAUCAACAUGGGCUGCGGGAAUGAGUACCACACAACUUAGUGAAUCUUUUAAUGCUUUUUUGAAAGAUUACAUUCGUUCGGAUUUCAACUUAAAUGAAUUCUUCAUGCAUUUCGAAAGGGUACUUUACGAGAAGCGAUACAAGGAGUUAAAAGCAGGAUAUGCUUUGUGCCAAAGGUGA